AUGCCAAACGAACAAAAUGGGUAUUGUGGACCACAUACGAGCUACACGGAUGUCAACAUCAUCGAUAGCGGCAAUAUGCGCUAUCAACGUCGCCCUGGUGAGCAUCUGAUGCGCAGCAGUGGUGGCGGUGUCUGUGUUUACACGAAACCGAUCCCUCGAGUCAGAGCCAAAUACGCCGUAGAUCAAGUCGAUCAAUACAAGGAUAUCUCUUCCACCGUACGUCACAAACAAGGUGUUUCCCGACUUGACACAUUCAGAGAGAAUGCGAUCGAAACGGUAAGGAACUACAACGUUUUAUUCACAAAAGUUUCGAUACCAGUUCGUAAGUUAUCGCACCUGCCGGUUUUCUUCCAGAUCUACGAUGAGUUUCGUUUCUUAGAUGAGACGGAUGCGCCAGUAUCACCAGCGUCCAGCGCUAAUCCAAUCAUGAAACCAACUGAAUUAGUUGAGUGCGGAUUUCGUUUCACACCAUCUCUAAUCGCGUACUGCUUGCUGCCGUUGAUUCAGUUAACAAUAUCAGUUGGUCUUCUCCUGCUUUCUGUUCUACGCCUACAACGAUCAUUUCGGGAGCCACUUUCAACAAAUUCACUUGUUGAUUUUGACAAACCGGAAGGAUUCAGUCCGUUGGAUGAAGGAAGUUCAAAGACGCUUAGAAUUCGAUCUGCAGUUUCAGUCCUCAUUCCAGCUGUGUUUCAAUGUAUUGCUGCAGCUGCCGGUUUUUGGCCGCUCGUCAAAAGAAACCGAAGCUACUAUCAGAGUGAUGUUGUUGGAAUGUGUUUGGCGUUAGGUAUAGCCCUAAUUGCGGCUACAGUGUGCUGUUUUUCUAUCUAUGCAACAUCGCGAUCAUUGACGAACGUUACGCAAUGGCGCAUGUCACCGGCGGUAGCUAGUCAGCCGUUGUUAUACUCGUUUGCACUGAAAGAGGCGAUCGUCGCCAGUUAUGCUCUUCUGGCUGCCGUCUUCUUCUUCGUUGCCGCUAUACAACAAAAUCACGGCCUCAUAUUAGCAUCUUCCAUAAUUCAAACGUGA